AUGGUUGCAUUUUCCACCCUCCUAGCCGCCUUCUCGGCAAUUUCUACAUCCUUUGCUAUUGCAAGUCCCACGCUCCCUAAGCGUAGUCCCAUGGAUUUUGUUCUUAGACGCAACGAGAGCUCUCUUCUCCGCCGAGCAACUCCAAACUACAAACAGGAUUAUACUACUGGUGGAGAUGUAGUCUAUACACCAUCCGGGAGCUCCUUCACUGUAGAUUGGGACACCCAAGACGAUUUCGUUGUUGGACUUGGAUGGACAACCGGAUCUACUAACCCCAUCAACUUCAGCGGAACCUUCGGAAUCGGCUCCGGCACCGCCCUUCUCUCCAUCUACGGCUGGUCCGAAAACCCACUCGUAGAAUACUACAUCGUCGAAGACAGCAGCUCCCCACCGAGCUUCGGCACAGUAAAAGGCAGUGUGACGAGUGAUGGGUCAAGUUAUACAAUUUGGGAAAACCAACGUGUCAAUGAACCUUCUAUUGUUGGAACUGCCACUUUCAAUCAGUAUAUCUCAGUGCGAAAUUCUCCGCGAAAGAGUGGUACUGUUACUGUGGAGAAUCAUUUUAAGGCUUGGGCUGCGCUGGGGAUGAAUUUGGGUUCGCUUAAUUAUCAGGUUUUGGCGGUGGAGGGGUGGGGUGGCGAAGGGGCUGCUACGCAAACGGUUAGUUAG